AUGAAGAAUAGAGAUAAGGAAAAUGGUUGGAAUGAUAAUAUUAAAAAUAGUUGGAAUGAAAAUAAUGAGAAUGAAGGUCGAAAUGAUGAUUGGAAUGAAGAUAGAAGUGAAUAUCCAAAUGAAGAUUGA